GUGACUAUCUAGUUUUAAAAAGCUAUCAUGGCGUCUUUCUCUGAUUCUCAAGAAUUGCCUCUACAACUUGAUAAAUCACAUCUAAAUGAGGUUUUGGUGCUUUUAAGGAAGUGUCAGUUUCCUGACAAGAGGUGGUUUGAACUGGGACUGGCUUUAGGCUUGUCAAAGAAUACACUGGACACCAUCAAAGCUAAUAAUCCACAGGAUGUCAAUCAAUGCUUAAUAGAAUGUCUCUCUAAGUGGAUGGAAAGGGCUGAUGAUGUGUUCAGUAAAGGAGGAGCUACCUAUGAGUUACUGUCAGCUGCCAUUAGAGAUAUGAACUUGAUUGCAGUAGCUGACAUGUUAGAUCAAGAGAAAUGUCAUGAAGCAUUUAACAUUAACACUGAAUCAACUGAAGAUGAAGUGAAACAGAAGCCAAAUGAGGACGAAGCCUCAAAUGUUAUAUACACUGGAGUGAUGUAUCAUGAAAAGAAAGAAGUUAAUCAAUGGACGACUACAUUUUCUGUUGUUAGAGAUAUGAAAGUCCUUCAGCGAUAUUUGGAUAAUAAAUCUUCUAAAGUUGAACAAGAUGAAUCAUUUGUCACAUUCCGGUUUGAUCAUGAUGGUAUCCUUGAGUUGCUUCUACAAGGUACCCCAUCACUUGAAUCAGGAUGGACUGUACAACCUCAUCAAUUACCAAUGCAAAUACAUCAGAAUACGGUUGACCAUUUCCCAUUUAACCCAUCAUAUGCAAGCUGCAGUAUAUCAGUGUAUGCUAAACCUGGUAUUGCUAAGGAUCCACUUCAUUGUCCCAUUAAGUUAACUGGAAUAGAUCCUUCAAAAACAAUUUUCAUCUACCGAACACCUCCUCCUUCAUCAAUGAUAGACAGUACUAGCUCAAGCUCCUCUACUGCUAGCAUCAGUCAAACCAGGAGAGAGACUGAAGAAGGUACAUUUAGAUCUGAUAUUGCUCAUAGAGUAAUGACAGAAUGUACUGGAAUGAUAAAGGAAAGGAUUGGUUUGUAUCCACUGAUAGACAGGCUGGUUGAGAAGAGGAUGAUAAGUGAUGCUGAAAAAGGUCAAAUUAUUGAUACCAGCCAUGGACUAACUGCUAAUCAAAGAAUGGACGAGCUGCUUAGUUUAGUGAAAGCAUCCAUUAGAGAGGAUGGAGAAGAUUUUGGCAUGUUUCUAGAAAUAAUUAAAGAAGAGAAUACAAGAAGAGCUGAUAGACUAGCACAGACACUAUUGGACAAUUAUAAACGAUUAUUAUAAUUUUUAUUUUUAAUAAAUAAAAUUAAAAAAUUGAGUCACAAAAAUAAAUUAGAAAAUAUUCCUGCAGAGAGGACAACUGCUCUUGUUACUAGUACUGAACCAUUUAUACUGAAA